UAUCACGUCCCAACGGUUCUCUCAUGUCUCGCAAUUCGCAGCUCACCAAGGAGUACUUCGGGGGGUUCAUGGGAGAGUCCGUGGAGCCAAGCGAUGUCUUCCUCGCGUUUACGGUGGACCAAGGAGGAAACGUUGUGAACGCGUGCACGGCGUUGGGCGUCCAGGUCGUCAAGUGCAACUGCCACCGCAUCAACUCCGCGGUCGUGUGGGCUCUGGGCAUUGCGGGUUCGGCGACGACGUGCAGGAACACCAAGAUGGGAGGGCUGAUGAAGAAGCUGGCAGCGUUGGUCGGCGUCUUCAGCCCCUCCGCCGUCAACAACAUGCUGAAGGAACUCCAGCGGCUAGAGACAGACCUUCACCGCAUCUACGAGCUCAUGAGGCGAAACGACACGAGCCAGUUCAAGAUGAUGGGUCGCCUUCUGACCUUGAAGAAGCCCAUCAGCGAGUACUUCCGGCGACUACCCCAGAUCCCCUCGAACAAGCAGCUCAAGCGCAAGCUCUCGUCACACGAGUGGAUCGUCACCAACGAGGUGUGCAGCCUCCUGGGGGACGUCUCCGAGAUCACGAUUCGUAUUCAAGGCGCCCAGGACACCCACAUCAGCCAGGCGAUGUUCCUCAUUCACGAGGUGAUGGAGAUGCUGAAGGACGAGACCCACCCAAUCCGGACGGCGAACGCCAUCGUCACGCCGCCCCCACCUGCACUGGACGUCAUUCCCACGGAGGAGGAGGAGAACCAGCCCCAAAAGGGCGGCGUCUCCACGGAGGACAUCCACGUGGAAGACCUGACCACGGAGGCGCAGGGGGUACGAAAGGUGCUGCUGGAGGUGAUGGAAGAGAAGGGGGUGGGGAAGGCAUUGCAGAGGGUGGAGCGCCUGUCCGCGCUGUUGGAUCCGAGGCGCAAAGAUCUUGACGCCACACAAGUCGGAAACGGCGAUGAGGACCUCAGGAUCGCUGCCGAAGCGGACUUGAAGAAGUUCAUCGCCACGUUCACGGCAGAAUCGGUGCCGCCCACGCCUGCGCCGGCUCCAGUGGUCGACGUACAGCCCGCGGAACCUGCUCUCAAGAAGAAGAAGUUUUCGAGAAUCGAGGAACGGCGCGCUGCACGCGUGGCGGCGGCAGCCGGUGGGGGUGGCGGCGGUACGGUCGCGCCACAGACUCCCGUCACGGGCCGGCACGUGCUGAUCGAGCGAGAGGUGUUAGUGUACUUGGCGGAGCAGCCGCAGGUCGACGUCGACGGCUUCAACCUGGUGGGGUUCUGGAAUCGGCGAGGCACUAACAGCGUAUGCCCGACGACUGGAAAGGUCACAGCUCCGGCGGAAAUGCCAUAUCUGGCGUUCAUCGCUCGGUUGCAUCUUGGAAUCGAGGCCACCAGCUGUCAGGCCGAGCGCAAUUUUUCAGCGCUUGCCCACCUCAUCGGCACCCUUCGCUGCAACAUGCUUGCACGGAAGGUGGAGCGCAUGAUGUUGAUUCGGCUUAACAGGCACUUGCUUGCCGAGGUCCGCGCGCUCGACGCUGCUGUCGCGCAGGCACGUGCUAUGGCCGCCAAGAGUGCAAGGGAAUCCGGGAUUGCACAGGCGGACAGGUCGAACAAGGAGAUCGACCUUACCUUGUAGACUAGGGUGGCCGAGAGUGCAGAGUAGUCCGCGGCUGCGCAGGAGGAGAGGUGGACCUAGUCGGUGAAAGGCAUCCCUACUGGGUGGUGUGGUUUGUUGGCCGUUCAUCAUCAAAGUCUCUACGGUUUCAUGUUCUUGUUUGUUGGUUUAAAACUUCUGGUGAAUUGGCGUCUCAGCAAAUUGUGCUUCGUUGUCUUUCGUGUGAGGCUGUUCAAGUGCAGCAUAUGUACAAUCAUAUUCUACAUGAAGUGCUUCGCAUUUCUUUGGUGAGGAAAGAGGUUUGGCGUUUGUUCGGACGCCACAGAUAGGAAUGUUUCUGGGCUUACGAUACUGCCGGAAACGGAAAACAAAGAACACUGAAUCAUACCGCCGACUUGUUUCCCGCCAGCGGUCCACCGACAUAUUUGGUACUACCGGCAACCGCCGAAGGCGGUACCGCCAUGUUGCGAACCGCCGACAAAAGUACCGCCAGUAUUGGCGAUACCGGCAACCGCCGAAGGCGGUACCGCCAUGUUGCGAACCGCCGACAAAAGUACCGCCAAUAUUGGCGGUACCGCCAACCGCCGAAGGCGGUACCGCCGAAGCAAUAGGUACCGCUGUCCCGCCUAAAAGUUCCCGCCAUCUUGCGGUACCGCCAAAACUGUUCCCGCCUAAAAAACCGUUCCCGAGGAAUACCCUGAAUUUAUUUCAACCAAUCAUGUCUACGGAAAUCGGUUCGUUACGUUCUACCCCUCUUGCAUAGCAAGUUCUUCAUUCUUGCAAUCAGCGCGGUCGUGCGUGAAACGCACAUUGCUAUAUCGACAACCAAUGAAAUCACGUUCUUUCUUCGGCUUGGCAGUGUCUGACUUUGAGUUGGCGUUGCCAGCGAACAAGACUUCUGGCUUUGUCCGCGCGGUCGGGCCACGGGACUUGGAAUUGUCACGGUCGCGUUCAUCGGUCGCCCGCUGGUUACGCCCACCACGUUGUCCAAUGUAUGCGCCACCGCUGGAGAAGAAACCAUCCUGCCCCGAAAUGUAGUUUUCGAGCGCGGCGAUUCUGCCCUGGUGGUCGUCCCGGGAAAGGGUGUGAGGGCGGCGAUUUUAUCCCGGUGGUCGUCCCAGGCAGGGGUGCACACUGCCCGGGACGACCACCAGGGCAGAAUCGCCGCGCUCGAAAACUACAUUUCGGGGCAGGAUGGUUUCUUCUCCAGCGGUGGCGCAUACAUUGGACAACGUGGUGGGCGUAACCAGCGGGCGACCGAUGAACGCGACCGUGACAAUUCCAAGUCCCGUGGCCCGACCGCGCGGACAAAGCCAGAAGUCUUGUUCGCUGGCAACGCCAACUCAAAGUCAGACACUGCCAAGCCGAAGAAAGAACGUGAUUUCAUUGGUUGUCGAUAUAGCAAUGUGCGUUUCACGCACGACCGCGCUGAUUGCAAGAGUGAGGACCUUGCUAAUUUGAAUUGACUGUGAACAAUUUCCUUAUCACUAAGGACUGGUUGCGCGUCGUCCAAUUUGUCAGUCAAAACUUGGUAUGGUCUGUUAAGCAUGUGUUGUUGCAGCUUUGGAUCGUCCGGUAUAUUUCGGCAAAUUGGUGCAAGGUUCGGCGUUCGUUCUUGUUCAUUAUCGACCACGAAAAGUCGCGAUAACGUAUCUGGCACUACAUGCAACUCUCCCGGUUUACUUGUGACCGUGAAAUCGAAGGAUUGCAGUGCUAUAGCCCAUCUGGUGAGCAUAUUUGACGUGUCUUGCAUCGUGUAAAGAUAUCGCCACAUCGCACCAAAGGUGGCAAGUCGUAGCCACCACACUCCGGAAUAUCCUCUCACCCAGAGAAAAUAACUCCAUAGUCUUUUGUCUUUUCUUUUUUUUGUUCAACCAAACAAAUUCAAGAGCGGCUGGCGUGCGCUGGCGGCGGAGAUUCGUAGCAGCUGAACUCGCGAACGGGAACAUCGCCACCGGUUUCCGCACGGAUAUGUUCAAGUCUACAUGCGCUCGCUCUUUAUUCUAUGCGGGCUUGAUUUUGACAAGCUCGUAGAAGGAUAGUGUAUGCAUAUAGUCUAUAGUCUAGAGUUCGGUAUGUCCACAUGGAAAGUGACUCAGUCUACGUUCGUUCUCGUCUGCUACGGUAGACGGAAAGUUAUUGUAGUGGACUCAUGUUCUUCUAUGUUGUUAUCACACUGUCUACCGGAUUCUCUCUCCCUUUUUUCCAGGAGUUCCUGUGCUGUUUGUUGUCGUAUGUUGGAUUGUUCCGAGUGAUAUUGUUUUCGCCUGUUUUGGUGUUGCCAUGCGCGGCGGAGGGGGGGGGGCGUGCGCUGCUUUGUAUGCCUUAGCUGUUAGAGCACCAUUGACCACACGUCCUCGAGAGGACGGAGCGUUUUUCCCACAGGACCGAAUCACCGAUGGCCAAACUUUCCUUCCUUCUUCGCCAAGGGUGGCUACGAGUAUUCUCCCUAUCCUAUGAAGGCGGGGGAGAGUGGAGGGGAGGAGGUCCCUUCGGACCCCUCCUCCAACCUCUUCCUUUGUUCGUGUGGCAGCGACGUAGCGAUGCAUAGGAGUAUGCGUCAAGGAGACUUGGGGGCUGACGGUUCGUCUUUACCCCCAUGGUGUUGUCCGUGUCCAUGGUGGUUUUACAUGCCCGUAUCAAACAGAGGUACCCUGGUACCUGGAUUACCCCCAUGGUGGUGUUGUCCAUGGCGGUUUUACAUGCCCGUUUCAAACGGAGGUACCCUGGUACCUUGUUUGCAGGAUUCGGUGUGUUGGUUCGUCUUGAAGACCACAGCAGCAGUGUCGAUGACCAUCGUUUUUCAUAUCCCAAGGACGGAGGCGGUGCCCUCGUAAGUUGAUUGCUGGGUUCAAGUGUGUUCUGCCUCAGACGAAUUGGUGGUGUCCAUGCCCGUGGUGGUAUUGCAUACAUGCCAGUGUCGAACGGCAACACGGAGGCACUUCUUGGAUUGUUGUUGGAUUCAAGUGUGCGUGUGUUCGUGGCGGUGUCCAUGCCCAUGGUGGUGCAAGUGUGUACGGAGGCGGUGUCCUCGUAUGUUGUUGACUGCUGGGUUCAGUGUGUUCGUAUUUACCCCGUAGUGAUGGUGUGCAUGCCCAGAGUGCUGUUCAAUGCCCAUGUCAAACGGAGGUAGGUGCCCUGGUACAUUGACUGCUGGGUUCAGCGUGUUCUUCUUUACCCCGUAGUGAUGGUGUUCAUGCCCGUAGUGCUAGUUUUUGGAGGAGGCGUCCUUGUAGUGACUGAUGGAUGCGGUCCUUGUGAAGGACCUGGUGUUGUUGGUUGUAGCAAUCCGCGUAGUCGUGUAGGGAUGAGGCCGGCCUUGUUCCGGGCACGCGGCACUAAGUAGUCAGAGAAGCAUGAGGCAACAUGAAUAUUCCGUUUGUUUGUCACGCGACUUGGCUGGAAAAAUCCAUAUCAAUCAGCUGUUUUUUGUUACUUUUCUUUCAGUUGCGUAAGAUGGGUCUGGACCAAAGCGUUCGUGGUAGGUUGCAGUCGGAGUAUAGUAUCGACCUGUGACGUCUGGUCGGUUCAAUUGUGAAGUGUCUCGUGUCUUCAAUGUUUCACGAAAACGUUGCGACGGCGUUGUCAUAUGAGAGGCUGCUGUCAUUCUCAGCGGCAAAAGGGUAAUGGUAUGUGGCAAUGUCAGUAUCGAUUUAUUUGUUAUUCAAGCUUCCAUAGGUAUCUACUUU